UCGGCAGCGGCAGCGGGAGAGGGAGGAGAGAGCGGAGAGGGGACACUGAGAGGGGACACUGAGAGGGGACACUGAGAGCGGACACUGAGAGCGGGCACAAAGACAACAUUCCCUGUUGCGGGGCUGAAGGCAGCAGGAUGACAGCCAUCCUGGAGCGGCUCAGCACGCUGUCCCUCAGCGGGCAGCACCUCAGCCGGCUGCCCCGGCUGCUGGAGGACGGCUUCCCCAAAAUGCCCUGCACGGUGAAGGAGUGCGAGGUGCCACAGCUCUUCCGGGAGCCCUACAUCCACAGCGGGUACCGCCCCACCGGCCAGGAGUGGCGUUACUACUUCCUCAGCCUCUUCCAGAAGCAUAACGAGGUGGUCAACGUGUGGACUCAUCUCCUGGCGGCGCUGGCCGUGCUGCUGAGGUUCAAGACGUUUGUGGAGGCUGAGCAGUUGCCCGUGGACGCGUGGUCCUUGCCUUUGCUCAUCUUUGUCCUCUCCUCUGUCACUUACCUGACCUGCAGCCUCUUGGCCCACCUGCUGCAGUCCAAGUCGGAGCUGUACCAUUACACCUUCUACUUCGUGGACUAUGUUGGAGUCAGCAUCUACCAGUAUGGCAGUGCCCUGGCUCACUUCUACUACAGCUCUGACCAAGCCUGGUACGACAAGUUCUGGCUCUUCUUCCUGCCAGCAGCAGCUUUCUGUGGCUGGUUGUCCUGUGCCGGCUGCUGCUACGCCAAAUACCGCUACCGACGGCCUUACCCCAUCAUGCGGAAGAUGUGCCAGGUGAUCCCAGCAGGGCUGGCUUUCAUCCUGGAUAUCAGCCCCGUGGCUCACCGGGUGGUCGUGUGUCACCUGGGGGGCUGUGAGGAAGAUGCUGCUUGGUACCACACAUACCAGAUACUGUUUUUCCUUAUCAGUGCUUAUUUCUUUUCCUGCCCUGUCCCWGAGAAAUAUUUCCCUGGCUCCUGCGAUAUCGUUGGCCACGCCCACCAGAUCUUCCAUGCCUUCCUGGCCGUCUGCACCCUGUCACAGCUGGAGGCCAUUCUUUUGGAUUACAAGAACAGGCAGGAGAUUUUCUUGAAGAGACACGGGCCUUUCACCGUUUAUCUCUCCUGCAUCUCUUUUUUUGGCUUGGUGGCCUGUAGUGCCAUCACAGCUUACAUCUUGAGAMGCAGGAUCAAGGCCAGCCUGGCUAAAAAGGACUCCUGAAAGUCACGGACGUGACAGGCAUGACAUCACCAGAGAAAAUCAAGAAAAGGGGGCAUAACAUACUAGAGACAUGACUGUCUUACUUGCCUAACAUGCCGUGACUAACCAGGACCCUGGAUUCAGAUGGAGGGCUGGACAUUUCAUGCUGGAUGCAUUUUCACAGCAGGGAUUGCCUUUUGCCAUCUGGGGGGGGGGGGCAGGAAAUAUUUUAAGCCAGAGCAAGUCACUGAACCAAGGAUGCUGGAAUAGGCAGAGGUUCCUUGUUCCUUUUGGUAGAGCUGUAUGUGAGACCUUGUUGAAGGUCAGGGAGGGUGGCCUGGAGGCUGUGGGACUGUCGAAGRGUCUGCCAGGGCUCACAAACGCCAUGAGGACCACAGCUGGAUGUGAUGACCUCUCUGGGUUUUGCCAUAUCUGUUCUUAUCAAAGGCUGUCGGAAGGUUUCAGGAAGUCUUUGUUUCUAGGGUUCAGGGUAAGGUCAUGUGUGGGACAGUGGCUGGUAGAAUCCUUUUCCUAUUCCAGCCAGGUUAUCUCUAUGGUCCCCUUGUCAUGUGUGUCAAUGCCAGGUUGCUUAGGUGGCUUUGGGAAAACAUCUUUGGAGAUUUAGGCUUGGCCUGGGGUCCUCUGGGACCAACUAGGUCUGUAUCAUCUGUCUAGGGAGUCUGACCGACCUCUAGCAAUGUCCAUGAAGUGUGGAAUAACUUGGAUGUGAUCUGUCUGAUUCAGGAAAGGCUGAUCCUCCAACAGUACUACUGUGGUCAUGGCCAAAAGGUUAUGAAGGUGGAGGAGUCUUUAUUCCCCUCUUAAUGGUGCUUUGUGUCCUUGGUGAGCCUUAUGGGAAAGCUGACUUUGAMGAGGCAGAGUUUCUUUUCUUUCACCAGUGGGGUUGUGUCUCUGGCAUGUUUUUAUGAGUAUUAGAUGAAGGUGGAAGAAAAAGGUGGAAGCAGGGUGACAACAUAAGGGUCCUGCAUAACCUUGGGAUGGGUUUGUCCUUGGGACUUGGUGAUUCCUGUGUGGAUAGCAAAGGUAGUGGUCAAGGUCACUUUAAUAUCCGUGGGUCACUCCUGUGCAAAGUAACAAAGUCUGGGUUACUGUGUUCCUCACUAGAGAAGUCUCUUCUGUGCUUGUCUGGGGGGAAUAUUGGAUAUGGAGCCACUGAGGAGGUUUAAAUCCUUGCUGAAACCAAGGAAUCCGUGGGAUCUAUCCCAGCCAAGGGUUUGUCUCACUGAACCCAWGGGCAGGCAAAUGAAUUGUGUUUGUUGGUUUUGAGCAGGCAGSUGUAGGGUUGGGGAUAUGGAUGGCAAGGACAAGCACUGAUUUCUGCACUUGAUUUGUGUUUUAGCUCUUGAGGUGUGUGUKUUCGUGUUCCAUGUGUGUGCACAGGAUUUAUUAUUCAGAAAGGCUUUGCCUUUAGAUUUUAUAUCUGYAGAGCUUCCUAGUUGGGUUAAGAUUAACCUGAAGGAAACAGUGCUGUCCUGCUGGAAGAGAAAGGUGGGCCAGACAACAGAUCUGUUAACAGGUGGUUGAAAACAGACCUAUAAAUAGGUAUUUUGCUGGUCCUGUGUGAGGGUGAAUUUGGAACUUAUGGCCCUAUAAAAAUUAAAUACAAAGGGAGAGAGAGGAAAGUAAGUUUGGAGUAUAGAGAAGAAAUCAUAGGAAAGCCUUCAGGAGGUCAUCAAGUCCAACCUUUCUCAUCAGUCCAAGCCUCCUGGUUUACAUCCAGUCCAGCUUAGAAAUUAAUUACUUCCUUUYUUAGGRUGUKUUUGAUGGUACAGCCAUGCUGACCUAGCAGAAAAUCUGCCUCAKGGGAGAUGCCAAGCAGGGAUGGUCCCACUUCCACCUCAUCCUACCCCUUCCUCACCAUGGUGAGGUUCCACAGAAGCUCACCUCACCAUGGAGCAAGCUGGUGCUGGGAGAGGAACCAUUGGGAAACCAAUCCUACUGAAAAAAUGUCAGUAAUUUUCGGGUGGUUUUUCCUCUGAGCCAGCUCACUUGGACAAUGCAGCUGCCAGCAGGGAUGGGCUGGAGUGGAGGCCAGCAACAAUUCCUCCUUCCAUGGCAGCUGGCUGCUCAACUUACUCAGCUGCACUGAUGCACUGCUCCCUUCAUGGCCUCUGAUUUUGCUUGUGGGACUCCUCCCAGUUUGAGGAAAGAUUUCCAGUUGGAGCAGCUUUUUCUUACAGCCUGAUUUGCUCUGGUUUUGGGGUCAGUAAGGCAGAAUAAGGCACUGGGUGUGGAACUGGCUGGACUGCAUCAGUGGGUUCCUGUAUGCGGGGGUAAAUCAGGCUGGUCUGGAGCUCAUUUCUGGG